AUGCCCUCAACUCCAGGAUACACCCAUCUCCAGGAUACCCUCUACUUCAAGAUACCUUCAACUCCAGGAUACCCUCAACUCCAUGUUACCCUCAACUUCAUGUUACCCUCAAGUACAGGAUACCAUGAACUCCAGGAAACCCCUAACUAUAGGAUACCCCCAACUCAAGGAUACCCUCAACUCCAGGAUACCCCCAACUCCAUGGCCAGGAUACCCCCAACUACAGAAUACCCUCUACUCCAGAUACCUUCAGCUCCAGGAUACGCUCAACUCCAGGAUACCUUCAACUCCAGGAUACCCUCCACACCAGGAUACCCUCAACUCCAGGACACCCCUAACUAUAGGAUAACCCCAACCUCAGGAUUCCCUCAACUCCAGGAUUCCCCUAACUCCAGGAUACCCUCAACUCCAGGAUACCCUCAACUCCAGGAUACCCCUAACUCCAGGAUACCCCCAACCCCAGGAUACCCUCAACUCCAGGAUACCGCUAACUCCAGGAUACCCCGAAAUACAUGUUACCCUCAACUCCACGAUACCUUCAACUCCAGGAUACCCUCAACUCAAGAUACCCCUAAGUACAGGAUAGCCCCAACUCCAGGAUACCCUCAACUACAGCAUAGCCUCAACUCUAGGAUACCUCGAUCUACAGGAUGCCCCAACCCCAGGAUACUCUUAACUCCAGGAUACCCUCAACUCCAGGAUACCGUCAACUACAAAAUACCCUCAACUACAGGAUGCCCCCAACCCCCAGGAUACCCUCACUCCACGAUACCCUCAACUCCAGGAUACCCUCAACUCCAGGAUACCCCUAACUCCAGGAUACCCCCAACCCCAGGAUACCCUCACUUCCACGAUACCCUCAACUCCAGGAUACCCUCAACUCCAUAG